AUGGAGAUGAUGAAGGCUGCAGGACUCCAAACCACUGUUCCCAAACGCUCAGGAGCCGCUGAGACAAAUGUGUCUCACAUUAAACAAGCUACAGUCAGGCAAACAGCUUCCACUAGCUGCCAUCGUAAGGACCGUGUGUUUAACACCCCGCUGUGUGAGCAAGGCAUCGUGGGUUUUGGGAUCGGCGCAGCUGCUGCAGGAGCCACUGCUAUUGCAGAGAUUCAGUUUGCCGACUACAUUUACCCAGCAUUUGAUCAGAUUGUUGUACCGAGAGGUCCGGUCCAGGCCAAGGGUCUUCUUCUGUCCUGCAUCGCUGAUCAAAACCCCUGCAUCUUCUUUGAGCCCAAAAUCCUGUACAGAGCAGCAGUGGAGCAGGUGCCCACAGAAGCCUAUCAGAUCCCGCUCUCGCAGGCCGAGGUGCUGCAGGAGGGCAGUGAUCUCACGCUGGUGGCCUGGGGAACACAGGUGCAUGUGCUGAGGGAAGUGGCUGCCAUGGCACUGGAGAAGCUGGGUGUCUCCUGUGAGCUCAUCGACCUACAGACAAUUUUGCCUUGGGACACAGAGACGGUUUGCAAGUAUGCAGAUGUUUUCGGACAGUCGGUGGUGAAGACGGGUCGGCUGCUCAUCAGUCACGAGGCUCCGGUGACCGGAGGAUUCGCAGCUGAGAUCAGCUCUACGGUUCAGGAGGAGUGUUUCCUCAACUUGGAGGCUCCCAUCAGCAGGGUUUGUGGGUAUGAUACGCCCUUCCCUCACAUCUUUGAGCCCUUCUACAUCCCUGACAAGUGGAAGUGCUUCGAGGCGGUCAAGCGUAUGAUCAACUACUAAAGCAAAGGCGACACAGAUCGAGAACUCGUCCUCCUCUACAUCACCGAACAAACCUGUCAAUAACACCACCAUCACAGCUAACUAGGUUCCUACCUGUAGAUGGGACCAUGUUACCAUGUGUCUAGAGGAUAAACGUGGUUUCUGAACACUAACAUGUGGACUUCACACGGCUGCUGUGCUCUCGCUGUUACCUGGAUGUCACCAUCUUCCGUUUAGUUUUUUCUUAUUAAACUUAAUUGAGGCCGGAUCUUGUGUGUUACUGUUUUAUUGGUGAGU